AUGUGCACUCCUGUUGAAUUUACCAAUACCAAAAGAGGUCGUCCGUUAAUGAUAAUAGAUGGUUAUUCUUAUGUACACGAUAGUCGAACCAACGACAAAACCUAUUGGCGUUGUGAAAAUCAUAAAACUUUUAAUUGUCAUUAUCGCAUACACACAUGUAAUUCUACUAUUACUACAACACAUGUGAAAAUAUUAAAACAAAAUGGUAAUCAUACAACAAGCUGUAAUCGUGACCAAAUUAAAAUAUCACUUCGAAAAUUUCGUGAAAAUUUUGUCGAUCGUACACAUAAUACUCAAGAAUCAACAGACACCGUUUUAUCACAAUGUAUAUCACAAUUAUCUGAUGUAGCACGUAUACGAUUACCACCAUUAGAUCAUGUUAAACGAACUAUUCAUAAACAACGAAAAAAAAAUGAUUUACCACAAGUACCAAAUGAUGUUAAUUUUCCUAAUAUUCCUGCGGUUUUACAAACAACAAAACGAAAUGACAUUUUCUUACGCAUUGAUACAGGACCAGAUAAGAAUACACACUUCCAUUGA